AUGACGGGCUGCUUCUCGUUUCUCAAGCCCGUUCGAGGCAGCAAGAACGGUCGCAAGGGCUGCGGCUGCGACUGCAAGUGCUCGUCGCACUCUGCUCCUACGCCCACCCAGGCUAGUACGACCACCAAGAACAGCGAGCCCGAGAAGAGCCCGCUGUCCGCGUCCAUAUACUACGACGCCUGCAAGCCUCCGCCUUUCGACGCCGGUCCGCAACAGCGCUGCUGUGGCGGCAUCAACAGUGCGGUUCACUCGCACCUCCCCACCUACGGCGACUCCCAAUCGCACGCCCACCACGCCGUCCGCCUCACUGAGCCGACCGCUGACCCUCAACUCAGCAAUCUCAUGCAGGACGUCUCCAAGACCAUCGAGUCCGAGAUCUCCAACCUCGACAAAGAACUUCGUCAGCUCUCGCUUGACAUGCACGACCAUCCCGAAAUCAUGUGGGAGGAGUCGCGCACACACGACCUGUUCGUCAAGUACUUUUCGGGCAAGAAGGGUUGGAAGGUGACACCUCAUGCGUACGGAGUACAGACCGCUUUCGAGGCCGUGUUCAACCACAAGGCGGGCAAAGACACCCGAGCGAUCGGCUUUCAAUCGGAGCUCGAUGCUCUGCCGGGUAUCGGUCAUGCGUGUGGGCACAACCUGAUCGCCAUCUCUGGAGUCGCUGCUGCGCUGUCCGUUGCCGCCACGCUUAUCGCCAAGGACAUCCCCGGCACGGUCAUCCUCCUCGGUACGCCCGCAGAAGAAGGCGGCGGAGGCAAGAUCCUCCUCGAGCGCGCGGGCGCCUACAAACCCAUGGAUGCCUGCCUCAUGGUUCACCCCGCGGCCAAAUCCGGCACCGGCCCGAUGCUCGCCGUCCAACCUGUGGUCGUCACCUACACCGGCCAAACCGCCCACUCCGGCGCCGCCCCUUGGGAAGGCAUCAACGCGCUCGACGCUGCCGUUCUCGCCUACACCAACAUCUCGGCCCUUCGUCAGCAGAUUCGGCCCGAAGAGCGAGUCCACGGCAUCAUCAAGGGCGACAAUUGGGCACCCAACGUCGUCCCCGGCCGUUCCACGCUUAUCUACAACGUCCGCAGUCCCACCGUUUCCGGGCUGAAAGCGCUGACCAAGCGCGUGCAGAGCUGUUUCGAAGCCGCCGCGCUCGCGACCGGAUGCAAGGGCGAGUACGAUUGGCAAACGGCCUAUGCGGACGUGCACAAUACGCCGAGUCUCUCUGCGACCUAUGCCGGGGUGUUGGGACAGAGGUACGGAUUGGAGGUGCCAGAGGAUGCGUUUGCGGCGAGUACGGAUUUUGGUAAUAUCACGUAUGCGCUGCCGUCGCUGCAUGCCGAGUAUGCGAUUCAUCUCGACGAUCCCAAGACGCAGGGGAAUCAUACGGUCGGGUUCGCCGAUGCGGCUAGGACGGUUGAGGCUCACGAGAGGACCAAGGAGGCAGCGCUGGGGAUUGCCGUGACGGGCGCAAGGGUGAUUGUGGAGAAGGAGUAUAGGGAUCACAUCUGGGCAGAGUGGAGCAAGUGGCGAAAGGGUGCGGAUGGUCCUUGA